GUCCGAAUCUUGCUCCAUGCUGCGGCGAUGGGCCGUGCUCGUGGUGUGGAGAUCCAGCGCGGAUCUCACGGAGGAGCUGGACCUGGCAGAGACCUGCCAGUCCUGCCUGGCCAAGGGCGGGGGGUGGUGCACCACCGAGCAGCGCUGCGUGGAGGACGACGUGGCUUUCUGCGACGCCGACAACUUGAUUGGGCUGGCGGGCUUCACAGACGAUUGUGGGACAGACGAAGAGGGCCAGAAACCGAAAGUUCGACCUUGGAUCGACAAAGGAGUUCUGGUGUCCUACACCUUCGAGAACGGCUCCUGCUGCCUGGGCCUGGGCAUCGUGAGCCGAGCCUACCAUGUUCUGGAGGAGUACACGGUCCUGCUCAGAGACGGGUCCAAAGAAGAGGUGAAGACCGAGCGCUGGAACAACCGGAAGCCGGCGAAGAAGAAGGACGAGAACUCAGAGUAUCACAACAUCGAGUUCAGAUACUUCAAGCCCCGGGAACUCACAGUGGUCUCUACGCUGCGCCCAGGGGACUUGGUACAGGCACACUUCGUGGUGAAGAAAAAGGGUGCCGAAGAGGAGCUCAUCAAAAGCAGGCGUGCCGAGCUCGCGGUGGUGCUGAACACCACUGUGACGAGCGUUGCGGUAAACUUCACCUCAGACCACAUAGUGAGCAUCCUUCCUCGAGACUUCGUGGUGGACCUCACCAACGAGUCGGCCCCCCGCGCGAGGCACACAGAGCUUUGAUCGGAGAGGAAAAGGGCGAGUGCUUUUCGCCAUCUGAGCUGGAACAAGUCAGCCACGAACAUUUCAAGCGGAGGAACCUGCUCAGUU